CAGAAAAUAUGUCAUAAUACAAUCAAAACAUAACAUUUUCUUUUCUUGUACGAAAAUUCAUUCAUUUCUAUUUUCCAUCGUUUAACGGCAACUGGCAACUGGUGCAGACCAUAAAAAUCCAUAAAGAUGGUUGAAGAAAAGAUAUCAUUUGCAUGCCAGAGGUGCCUUGAACCUGUGCGAAUUGAUGAUUCUCUAAAUUUGCUUGGUGAACACAUACAAGCUGAACUGCUAUUGCCAAUACAUUUUUGUAACGACACAGAUUUGGAAUCGCACACUACAAGCUUUGAUAAUUAUAUAAAUCCCUGCAGAUUAUCAGACUCUGGGAAUGCAGCGAAUGGCUUCAUGGUUAUUUCUGAUGGAGUCGAGGCAGAUAACUUUAGCAAGAAGAUGGAGGUUUCAGCUGCAAUGUUUGAUGUAUUAUCGGGAAAUUCUAACAUAGAUCAUCCACUUUGCGAAGAGUGCACUGAUACAUUAUUGGAGUAUCUUAAGGAAGAAGUGAGACUGGUAGAGAUUGAUUGCAUCAAAUAUUCUCAACACUUACAAAUUUUGGAAUACAAGAAAAUGGAACCCAAAUUGAGUGACCUGGAAAAGGAGUUUCAGGAUCUUGUGAAUGAGGAGGAGCAGGUGAUGAAGGAAUUGGAAAAUUUGCAGCAGGAAGGUUUGGCUAUUAAAGAAGCAAUACUGGAGCAAGAAAAGAGUGCUGAGAAAUUAUCACUUGAGGAGAACAAAUAUUGGAUGGAAUUUACAAGGCAUAGAAAGGAUCAGCUGGAUGCAGAUGAUGAAUUGAAGAGCAUCGAAUGUCAGCUGUCUUACUCGAAAAACCAAUUAGAAAAAUUAACUAAGACGAAUGUCUUCAACGCAACCUUCCACAUAUGGCAUGCGGGUCAUUUCGGUACUAUUAACAAUUUGAGAUUGGGCAGACUACCGGCCUCCCCAGUUGAUUGGUCCGAGAUAAAUGCUGCUUGGGGUCAAGCCACACUUCUGCUAGCUGCUUUGGCUAGGAAGAUUAAUUUAACCUUUGAUAAGUACGUCUUGGUUCCAUAUGGAAAUCACUCGUAUAUACAGGUGAUUAAGGAUCAGAGGGAGCUUCCGUUGUACGGUGCUGGUGGUUUCAAGUUCUAUUGGGAUACCAAAUUUGAUUCGGGAAUGGCUGCAUUCAUGGACUGUCUUCAACAGUUCAAGGACGAGGUGCAACAGCAGAAAGGUGAAAAGGCAUUUUCGUUACCAUAUAAAAUGAGUAAAGGAAAGAUCGAGGAUGCUACUACGAGUUACUCAAUUAAGAUUCAAUUUAAUUCGGAAGAGCAAUGGACCAAAGCCCUCAAAUUUUUGUUAACUAAUCUCAAGUGGAGUUUGGCCUGGGUAUCUUCGCAAUUCACUGCCGAAGGAGACCCGAUUGAUUGAAUUGAAUACAUACUCUAUUUUUUGUGAUAAAUUUAUAUACACACGUAUAUAAUUAUAUU